GAUUGUCAAAAAUGGUAAUUUCGUUUGAAGAAUGACUAGGAAUUUAGUUGAAGAAUCAUUACAAAUAACUAGAAUCUACAUCUCGGCAUGGAAGAAGUUUAAUUACUAGCAUUCGGAAACACAAAUCGAUGAAAUCACAUCCUUUGUUUAGAAAGAGCCUGUGGGCUGAAACAUGAUGUCAAUAUUCUCUUCAUACUUUAUAAGAAGGACGUUCAAGCGUAACUUGCGGCUGGGAGAUUAAUCCUUGAAGCUACCUUUACGGUAUGGGCAGGCUACUUUCGGUAUUGAUAUGCUUGGUGAUACUUUUUACAAGCAUAUUAGCGCAUCCUCCUUGGGUACGCCGUUGGAGUUAUUCUUCAAGGUAUCCAAGUUCCUGGAGACCAAGAAACUGGCAAGCGUAUCCUAAGCCCUGGUCUCAUCACGGCGACAGUUAUGAUCACUCUGAUCAUCAUAGCGACUAUCCGCAUCACAAUGACAAACACUCACAUGACAGCCAUGAUUAUUACGAUCAUGAAGACAGUCACUCCGGUACAAGUGGAUGUGGAUAUGGAAGGCCAUGUCGUGAUGAAAAGGAAAACGGUAACAAUCCUCAAAGGGAAGACAAUAACAAUCCCCAAAGUGAUACAUUAGGAUGUUCUUGCUUGCUGUACGUAGAGUAUACGUUAGUAUUCCAAAGAAGAAGUACAGACAGACUGUACUCUUGUGAUGAAAGUGGCUUACAGAAGUGCUCUGCUUACUGCAAUAACCUGUUUCAAGACGAAGGACUCCGUGCAAGCAGCCGUCAAGAUGCUUGCGACGUACUUGGCAGAGAGGUGCACACAUCGUGGUAUCGUAAAAAUCAAGUCUGUGGAUCUAACGGUCCAUACAGAGAUAUUCGGUUGUCGGAAAAUCUCUGUUGCAGAGGUGGUCAAACAUCUGUGGCAUGUUAACAGAACUAGAAACGGGACCUAUUAGGAAAAAUUUCAUCUUUUAUUUAUUAUUCAUUAAUUUCUGAAAUAUUAGGGAAUAAAGUUCUGAUUAUUAUGCAGUUCA